AUGCCGAGUCCAGCGCGAGACUCGCUGCCGUCCAUGUCAGCCAUGCCGACCAUACCGUCUCUCGCCCCACCGAUAGCAUUAUACCCUCCUCCGUCGCCGAGCACCCACAGGACGCUUAGAAAGCUCCAGUCUGCACACAACCUGGGGGCCAAAGUCGGCAACAUCUCGUCCAUCCUCUCGCAACAGCGGACACAGCAGCUGCAGUACCAGCAGAAUGCGCCGCCGCCGUCACAACAACAGCAGCAGCAGCAGCAGCAACGGUCGACAUCGCCGACGCGCAGGAACACCGGCGGGGUCAAUCGCUCGCCCCAGCGAGGACGGGCAAACAGCGACGCCACGAGCCUGCAGCAGAUCAGCACGGGCGCGGCCACGCCGAGCCGUCGGCCGCUGCUCGGACGGUCGCCCGCCCUGGACUCGCUCUCGUUCGACCGGCUGAUUCGCGACGGGCCACCCGAUGGCGACGUCGUCGGCGCGCUGAACAACCUGCGAUGGAAGAUUCUCGAGAUCGGCAUCAAGAGCGACAGCGACGGCAUGGUAAGGCUGUCGUCUGCAAUUCUCGUAGAGGCUCCGGCUGACUCGCGUGCACAGUCCUCUGCUCGCAUAUAUGCGUGGCUUAUCCUCCUCGACUGUCCCGUCCUCGAAACGGACGCCUAUCUCGCGCUCAUCCAUCGCGGCGCGUCGCCGGCCUAUUCCAAGAUCCGCAACGACACCUUUCGCACGCUCACUACCGAUCCGCUGUUCCGCCGGCGCGUCAGCGAAGCCAGCCUGAUCCGGCUGCUCAAUGCCAUCGCCUGGAAGCUCCACGACUCGCGCGAAGAGAAACACCCCAAGCAGCCCCUGGCACCACCACCGUCGACCCGCAAGUCUCUGCCAGCCGUGCAGCCGAUGCACGAGACGCCAACCAGGGGCCCGGCUGGCGCCGUCGACGUGACGCCAAAGUCGACCAACACGUCGCCCGCCGCUAAGAACCGGGCGCGUGCCCUCACCCUGACAACGGAAGGCUCCGAGAGCAGCGUCUCGGCUGAGCCAGGCACCUAUGUCCAGGGCAUGAACGUCCUCGCUGCGCCGUUCCUCUAUGCUGCACGAAGCGAGGCCGAGGCCUUUGUUGCCUUCCACCACCUUCUGACAAAGGAGUGCCCUGGAUACAUCCGUGGUGCCAUGGACGGCGUGCACAAGGGCCUGGCACUCGUGGACAAGGUGUUGGCUAUCGUCGACUCCAAGCUCAGCCUGUAUCUUCUCUCCAAGAAUCUGACGGCCGAGAUCUACGCGUUCCCUUCGGUCUUGACAUUGUGCGCCUGCACGCCGCCACUUCCCGAGGUCCUGCGGCUCUGGGAUUUUCUGUUUGCGUACGGGCCGCAUCUGAACAUCCUCUGCAUCGUUGCGCAGCUGAUGUUGAUUCGGAGUCAGAUCUUGACCAGCCCUAGUCCCAACAAGCUGCUGAGAUCGUUUCCGACCCUUCAGGCCGACGCCAUCAAGGGCGUCACGCUGACCAUCAUUCGGAAGCUUCCGGCAGAUGUGUACACCGAGAUUGUCAACCACGCUCAAUGA